AUCAAAUUUACAAAGCAAACAAAUUGCAGUGAUCUUAUUAAUUUGUGAUUUAAUUAGUGCAUAAAAGAAACCAGAAAAAAAAGAAAGACAAGUAUGGAUGAUUCACGCGAAGAGAAUCAAUUUAUUGUAGAUGAUGUAAGCAAAAUCAUAAAGGAAGCUAUAGAAUCCACCAUUGGUGGCAACGCCUACCAGCACGACAAGGUAAACAAUUGGACGGGCCAGGUGGUGGAAAAUUGUCUGAGUAUGCUGACCAAGGAGCAAAAACCCUACAAAUACAUAGUGACCUCGAUGAUAAUGCAAAAGAAUGGUGCCGGUUUGCAUACAGCCUCCUCAUGCUAUUGGAACAACGAUACAGAUGGCAGUUGUACAGUGCGUUGGGAGAAUAAAACCAUGUAUUGUAUUGUUUCCGUAUUCGGUUUGGCCGUAUAAUUUAUUCCAGCUGAAGAUGAAGGCUUAGUAGCAGGAGCAGAAGUACGUAGAGAGUCCAGUCCAAACAUAUGGGGGAGGGAAAGGUGAAGACUCUUGAGUAGUAUUCCAAUUUAUAAAUAAAAUUUAAAAUAAAUUUAAAAUUUACUGUUAAAAAAUAAUAAAUAAUUAUAAAUCAAUAAAUAAAUAAAUUAAUAUCAACGCCAUUCUUUAGACAAAAACAAAAUGACAAGAUCAAGGCAGAACAAAAAAAGCAACAACAUUGCACACAAAAUUUACCGCUAUUCUCUCAAAUGCAAAACAACAAAAAAUAAACAAAAUGUCGCAAAAACAACUUGUUAAAACUUCAAAUUAGAGUAGUAGUGGCUAUUUUGCACCAAACUUGCAAGUGAAGUGUUUUAAUUUUAAAAAUUUAUUUAAUAUACAAAAAUAUAAAAAUAUACCUAGUAGUUUAUUAAUAAAAUAAUAUCUCGUAAAAAAGCAAAAAUAUUUUUGUAAUUAACUUAAAUAGUAGAGAUUUAACAAAUUGCGAAAAUUUUCGUUUUUUUCCAAUUCUCUUUUUUGCUUUGAUUCGUUUGCAUAUUUCUCAUUAAUUACUACAUUUUCGUUUUUAAUAAAAAUUGUUUUUAUUUUAACAAAAAGAAUGAAAACAAAAUACUAUUUUAAUAAAUUAUCAAUGAACAUAAAAAUAAA